GUUCUUCACACCUACCUCACUUCCAUCUGAACUUCUUGGAGCCUCGAGUCCUAUUGUGCCAACCAACCUCGAUAGAGAACUCACAAUAGUCCUUUACCUUGCCAUGUCACUUAUUAUACCCCGUUGAGAGGCCCAAGCUUCCCCCUUUUGACUUCAACACACACCGUUUCUUUCUUUCACUGCCGGCGCUUUAUCAAACCCGCGUCGCAUUGGAUCUUCAUCAAAACGCAGCAACCUCAAAACAGCCACCACAACUCGAUUGCAACGGGGGUAGUCCACACGCAAUCAUGAGCAUCCUCGACUCCGGGAAACCGGGCGCUGCGUCCUCGCCUCGCAGCUUUGCCGUUGCACACCUACGGCCGAGGAAUACCUUUGCCGGAUGCUCACGGAUCACUGAUUAUGAGGUUCUGGGCAAGCUCGGUGAGGGUACUUUUGGUGAGGUUCAUCGGGCGAGGUCGAAGAAGACCGGGGCCUUGGUUGCCCUGAAAAAGAUUAUCAUGCACAACGAAAAGGAUGGGUUUCCCAUAACGGCGCUCCGAGAAAUCAAGCUCCUGAAACUCCUCUCUCACGUCAAUGUCCUUCGCUUGGAAGAGAUGGCGGUUGAACACCCAGCCAGGAGCUCCGACAAGCGGAAGAAGCCGAUCAUGUACAUGGUGACGCCCUACAUGGACCACGAUCUUUCGGGCUUGCUCGACAAUCCCUCGGUGCACUUCACGGAGCCCCAGAUCAAGUGCUACAUGCUCCAGCUCCUAGAAGGCCUCAAGUAUCUCCACGAAAACCAUAUUCUGCACAGAGACAUGAAGGCCGCCAACCUUUUGAUCGACAACAAGGGCAUCCUCCAGAUUGCAGACUUUGGCCUCGCCAGGCACUACGAGGGAGAGGUACCCAAGUCUGGUAAGGGUGGUGGGGAAGGGCGGCGCGAUUACACAAGCUUGGUCGUAACUCGUUGGUACCGGCCUCCCGAGCUGCUGAUGCACUUAAAACGAUACACCACAGCGAUUGACAUGUGGGGUGUGGGAUGUGUGUUUGGCGAGAUGCUCGUCGGCAAACCGAUUCUCGCCGGAGAGAGUGACGGCCACCAGCUCGAAAUCAUCUUUGAGCUUUGCGGAACACCCACAGACGAAAACAUGCCCGGUUGGCGAUCGUUGCCCGGGGCAGAAGUCCUGCAGCCUCGACCCAGGCAGGGGAAUCUGUCACAACGGUUCCGGGAAUACGGAUCGGGAGCCGUUUCACUCCUCCGGGAGCUCCUCAGGCUCGACUGGCGAAGCCGCGUCAACGCCAUCGACGCCCUCAAGCACCCCUACUUCCAAACCGCACCAUUACCAGCGAAACCCCACGAACUGCCAUCCUUUGAAGAAAGCCACGAACUCGACCGCAGGAAGUUCCACGACAGAAGAGCGGCGCUACCACCGGCCCCCAAAGGCGGCACCGUCGGCCGCGGCCCCCACGACGGGCCCAACGCCUCCUUCAGCAGCGACGGCUUCGGCAGCAGGAACGGCGUCAACAGCGGCCGCUACCCGCGCGGCAGCCGCGGACCCGAGGAGCGCGUGCCGGCGUGGCAUCGAGACCGCGGCCUGCCGCCCCGCCCGCCGCCACCCUCGGACCCGGACCACCCGGACGGCUACCGCGACAGGGGCGGCGGCGGCGGCGGCGGAGGGAGACCACCACGCGGCGGAGGCGGCGGCGGCCGGCAGGACGUCGACACGUACAUCCCCAGCUACGACCGCGACGCGCCGAGGCGGGACGACCGCCGGCGGCCCAGGGACGACAGGGACGACAGGGACGGCAGGGACGGCAGGGACGGCAGGCGGCACGAUUGGGACCGCAGGCGGGACUACGACGACCGCACGCGCGCUAGCCGGACCAGGAGUCGCAGCCGCUCGCCGGUGGUGCGUGAUCGGGAGAGGGAUAGGGAUCGGGAGAGGGAGAGGGACAGGGAUCGGGAUAGGGACCGUGACCCGUAUCGCCGGUAGGGUUUUGGCGUGCGGCGGUUCUGAGCGGGGGGGGGGG